CCAAAAAUGGCAACUAUGAAUCAUUUUAAAAUUUUUCUUUUAUUUUUCCAUUUAAUUUUCCUUUAUUCUUUCAAAAAUGUUUUGGCCAAAGAAUUUGUUAAAACAACUUUAAAAUCAAAAAUUAUUCCAAAAGCAAUUAUUAAUGAAUUCCCUCUAGAGAAAAAUCGAAUUCCUCUGCGGGAUCCCUUUAGAAAUGUUCAUUGGAAGGCUAAAGAUGGGGAAAAUGUUAAUAAUAGAGGUCCAUAUUAUGGACAGCCAGAACAAGUUCAUUUAUCUUAUGGAGGAGAUCCAUCCCGUAUAUUUAUUACUUGGUUAACUUUUGAUGACACAGUUGAAUCUAUCGUUGAAUAUUGGGUUGAUUCAAUUCAGAAUUUAAAAAGAGUUGAAGCAAAGAUGGAUUAUUUCGAUGAUGGGGGUAUUAAUAAAGUUAGAAGGUACACACAUCGAGCUUUAAUUGAAGGAAUAAGUCCAGGAAUACGUUAUUUUUAUCGAGUCGGCUCUCAAUACGGCUGGAGUUCUAUAUUUUCGUUUGUUGGACUUGAAGAAAGGCCGGAUGGUGGCUAUAGAUUUGCGGUAUAUGGUGAUAUGGGUAAUGUAAAUGCCCGUUCUCUUGGAAAAUUACAAAGAGAAGCACAAAAUGGGGAUUUUGACAUGAUUUUACAUGUUGGCGAUUUGGCAUAUAACUUGGAUACGGAUCAAGGCAAUUUUGGAGACGAAUUUAUGCGUCAAAUCGAGCCAGCUGCUGCAUAUGCUCCUUAUAUGGUCGUUGUGGGCAAUCAUGAAUAUGCUUACAAUUUCUCUCAUUAUGUGAAUCGUUUUACUAUGCCAAAUACUGAACAUAACUUGUUUUAUAGUUUUGAUAUCGGCCCAGCUCAUUUUAUAGCCUUCUCCACAGAGUUUUACUUCUUUCUACAAUAUGGCGUUCAUCAACUAGCUACUCAAUGGCAUUGGCUUAUUCAAGACCUUGAAAAAGCAAAUAGAAAUAGAGAAAAGGUUCCUUGGAUAAUUACAAUGGGGCAUCGACCAAUGUAUUGUUCUGACUAUUCUGGUGAUGAUUGUACAAAAUACAAUUCUAUUAUACGUACAGGACUGCCUGGAAUACAUGCCUAUGCUUUAGAAAAACUUUUCUACAAGUAUGGCGUAGAUUUGGAGCUAUGGGCACACGAACACACAUUUGAGCGAAUGUUUCCUGUUUAUAACAGAACAACGUUUAAUACUAGCACUGCACCUGUACACAUUGUUAGUGGCUCAGCAGGUUGUCAAGAGAAUACAGACCCUUUUGUGAAGGAUCCUAAUCCUUGGAGUGCUUUCCGUUCUUCAAACUACGGAUUUAGUAGGAUGCAUAUUUACAAUAAAACACACCUUUAUUUCGAACAAACAUUGGCAUCUAAUGAUACCGUAGAAGAUCACUUUUGGCUAGUCAAACAGCACCACCGCCCUUAUUCACCUAUUGAUAGGAUUCGGCUUGAACGGGAAGGAACUUAUAUCCCACACGAUUACUGCCAUGACAAGGCUUAUUGUACUACUUAUCGUCACUCUAAUCUAUAA